AUGGGUUUACGACAAAAUCCAUCCUCUUCCGCCUUCUCAUCAUCUUCAACGACAACAUCAUCAACUUCACCUUCACAACUAAAUUCGCAGCAGGUUGCAGGUCAACCUACUCAACAAUCAACAACGUCAACCACGACAUCAUCACCUACAGUUUCGUCUUCCAACCUUAAUAAUAAUAAUCCGUUUUCGCCAAAUCAAUCACAUGUACCUCCGUUUUACGAACAAACUACAGAAUUUUUACAAGGCGUAACAAAUACCUAUGUGAUAAGCGAUACAUCCCCAUCGAACGCGUGGCUUAUUCAUUACCCUACUCAUACCAUUAAUACCGACAACUUUUUGGAAGAUGCAUACCGUAAACAAAAAUCAUAG